CAGCAGGCUUGCCUCUUUUUUUCCGCCCUUCUCCCCCUACCAGGACGUGACUCUGCCACAAAGGAGCUGGAGUUCAACCCAGGCUGGGCAGCCCCGCAGGGCAGGACGGAUCGUCCAGCGCUGCCCCCGCCGCCGGGACCGCCGGGCCGGGCCUCCGCGGCAGCCCAGCGAGCAGCCCAGCUGUGAGAAACCUUGGAGGAGAAAGCCGGAGAGAAGGGAAAGCGGAAUCGUGCAGAGCCCCGAGCCCGCUCCGUGCCCAGCGCGGCACACAAAGCGGCUCAGCCCGGACAGCGCCGGCUCCGCGGGAUGUCACAGCCCCUGGGGACGGGCGCUCCUGGAAACCUGUGAUGAAACCACGCUGAGGAAGAGGAGAGAAGCUCAGGACCAGGAUUUUAAAAAGUUCUUUGCAAGAAUACUUGACCAGAACUAGAGGAUCAUGAUGACAACAAGAUUCCUCUGCCUACUGCUAAUAGCUGUUACGGGAGCUACUGCAAGCAAGACACAGGAAUUUGAAGCCAACGACGAGGAAACAGAACAAGAAUUCAUCUACAUGAACAGAUACAGGCGUUCCAGUGACACUCAGGAUAAAUGCACUUACACCUUUAUUGUACCUCAACAACGAGUGACAGGUGCCAUUUGUGUUAAUUCUAAGGAGCCUGAAGUUCUACUUGAAAACAGGGUAAAUAAACAAGAAUUACAGUUACUUAACAAUGAACUUCUUAAACAAAAGAGACAAAUAGAAACUCUGCAGCAACUGGUAGAGGUGGAUGGUGGGAUUGUUAAUGAGGUUAAACUCUUAAGAAAAGAGAGCAGAAAUAUGAAUUCUCGUGUCACACAACUCUAUAUGCAGCUACUACAUGAAAUUAUCCGAAAACGUGACAAUGCCUUAGAACUUUCUCAACUUGAGAACAAGAUUUUGAACCAAACUGCAGAUAUGUUGCAGCUUGCAAACAAAUACAAGGACUUAGAGCACAAAUACCAACAUUUGAUGUCAAUUGCCAAUAAUCAGUCAAUAAUAAUUGCCCAACUUGAAGAACACUGUCAAAGAAUGCCACCCAUAAAACCACUGCCACAAACUCCACAGCCACCAAACAAAGUGUACCAGCCUCCUACUUACAAUCGCAUUAUUAACCAGAUAUCUACUAAUGAAAUUCAGAGUGACCAGAACUUAAAGGUUCUGCCACCUACCUUACCAACCAUGCCUGCGGUUACUAGUAUUCCAACUUCAACUGAUAAACCAUCUGGACCCUGGAGAGACUGUCUACAAGCACUAGAAGAUGGCCACGACACAAGCUCCAUCUACCUUGUGAAACCAGAAAACACAAACCGGCUCAUGCAGGUCUGGUGUGAUCAGCGGCACGACCCUGGUGGCUGGACAGUCAUCCAGAGGCGGCUGGAUGGGUCUGUCAACUUCUUCAGGAACUGGGAGACAUACAAGCAAGGAUUUGGUAACAUUGAUGGAGAAUACUGGCUUGGAUUAGAAAAUAUCUAUUGGUUAACAAAUCAAGGCAACUACAAGCUGCUUAUAACAAUGGAAGAUUGGUCAGGAAGAAAAGUAUUUGCUGAGUACGCCAGCUUCAGACUGGAGCCCGAGAGUGAACAUUACAAGUUGAGACUGGGGCGCUACAACGGCAACGCGGGAGAUUCCUUCACUUGGCACAAUGGCAAACAGUUCACCACGCUGGACAGGGACCAUGACGUGUACACAGGCAAUUGUGCCCACUACCAGAAGGGAGGAUGGUGGUACAAUGCAUGUGCCCACUCAAACCUCAACGGGGUCUGGUACCGUGGAGGACACUACCGCAGCCGCUACCAGGACGGUGUUUACUGGGCCGAGUUCCGGGGGGGAUCAUAUUCACUAAAGAAAGUUGUGAUGAUGAUAAGACCAAACCCCAACACAUUCCACUGAAAUAUUGCUUCCUCGGACUGGUUUCUUGUUCUAAAAAAAUAACAUAAAGCUAUGAUGUUAUUACCUGGAAAUUACCUUUAAAAAAAUGAGGAAUGUAAGAUAUUGUACAUUUAUCACUAAGAUGUAAGGGCUUGUAUAUUGUAUUUUCAAGAAUCAUUCCACGAAAAUUCAGGAACUGAAAUGACACAACAUCUAGAACACCUCUUGGUACUUCAAGUAGUUCUGUUAAGCCUUCUAGAACUGGCAGUUUAUAUGGACUGUAGAUAAACUUUCUGGUGUUUAUUCCCUGUAAAUUAAGUUUGGAUGGUAAAAAUACUGCCACAACAUUUAAAUAUUUUUGUAUGUUAUAUUAUGUAUAAAUAUUCUCAAAUACAGGAAAUAUUACAAACUGUACAGCAAGAGUUUUAUUAUUAUUAUAAGCAAUAAUUUGACACAGGAAAUCAUAUCCUUUGAACUGUGUAGCUGGUGUAUGUACAUUAGUGUGAUUAUUCUAAUUUAAUCUUUGUUAACUGCCAUUAAUAAAGUUAAUAUUACAUAAUUUGACUUUGAGAGCAGAUACUGAAACCAUUACUGUUGUGAUAAAUCUAAUCUUUCCCCUUCACUUUGAGCAUUUUAAUAAUGUACUCCAAUAAAUCAGAAUACACAUUUGAUUCAAGUAUUUUAGAUUAAAAACACUAACGAUUUUUCUUACAAAAAUGAAGUAGAUAUCUGCAUAAGGAAAUUAAUCCAGUUUCACAACAGAUAUAAUGUGAUGUAUAGCCAACAUGUUAUACUACACAACAGCUGUCACACUAUUUUAUACCUGACUUCAGUCAUAAUCUGCUGUGUAGCCUCUGUAAUCAGAACUGGCUGGAUAUAAAUUAAAGGGACUAUCCAAAUUUGCAGGCAAAUGAUGGAUACCAACACAUAAGCUAUUUACUAUCCUUAGCCAGUAGAUGAAAAUUAUAUAAAGACGUUACCUGUAGCCAAGAGAAGUUAUAUUUACCAUAUUUCACAAUUAUAACAUAGUACUGUAAAUUAUUAAAUAGAUUUACUUAUCUGUAUUUAGAGGUCAGUUACAACUAUGAAAUACAGACUACGAUAUUCUGAGGUGGGUUUCUAGAACAAAUUGUUGUAACAGCCAUUUCAAAACAGCAACAGCUAUGAAAAAAGUAAGUUAAAGAAUGCAUAUGAAGCAGAGGAAUAGCCUCUAGAAGUUAAAUAUAUUUUUCAGUAAGCCUGUAAGAUACUUACUGUACAUUUGUGUGCAUGUGCUUGCACACUAUUACCUCAUCACUUCUUUACAAUGGUAUGAUGUGCAUUAAACUGACAUGUCAUGUAGCAUGUGUUGUAUAUAACUGAAAGUAGGUUUUAAAAUAUUAGAAUAGUCCUGUAAUACUGUAAACCUUUAAUAAAGCAACAAGUGUUAUUUUGA